AUUGUUAUGAAAUAAAUGGCAGAGCACUGAACAAUAUGGAGUUUUGUUGGCUGAGGAUACUGAUAGGAUUAUUCGUCCUGAGCAAAGAGCACGGUAAUAGAUCUGUCUGUGUGGAUCAAGAAGGAGGAGGAUGGGUGGUGGUUGGGAGAAGAUGUCAUUGGGCCCUGAAUGUUUGCUUCUCAAACACGGGUGUAAUAGGCAGAAUUAUUUUAUUUCUUUAUCUAUAGGAUUUUUUUUGAGUUUUUUUGGUAAGUGAAAGGUUCGGCAUGGGAAAACAGAGAACAGGACAUGGAUCUGUGUGGGUGAAUAAAGUGAUCGAAGAAUCCUAGCAUGGAGGGGUCUGCUGUUGCCAAGUCUGAAAGUGACUGAGAGGAAGGGCAGGGCAGGAAUGUGAGGCUUUUGGGAAUUAUAGGGACAGAACUACGGUACCUAAAUUUAUUCAUGUAUGCGACUACAGCGGCAAGAAUGUUACUUGCCCAAAAUCUGAAAGAAGAAGUCCCAGCGAAAGAAGAGCGGAUACAAAAACUUGUGGAAUAUUCAGAAAUGGCGAAACUCACCGGAAAAAAUAAGAAAUCAAGAUAACAAACUUUUUAAUAAAAGAAUGGAAAUGGUUUAUUGAAUAUUUACAAAUAAACAGAUAAGAACAUUGGCAGGAUUAUUGUAAUAACCUGCAAUUUUAUAAGAGUAUACAGUGGUACCUCGGGUUACGAACUUAAUUCAUUAUGGAGGUCCGUUCUUAACCUGAAACUGUUCUUAACCUGAGGUACUACUUUAGCUAAUGGCGCCUCCCGCUGCCACCGCACCACCACCAUGCAAUUUCUGUUCUCAUCCUGAAGCAAAGUUCUUAACCCAAGGUACUAUUUCUGAGUUAGCGGAGUCUGUAACCUGAAGCAUCUGUAAUCUGAAGCGUCUGUAACCCAAGGUACCACUGUAUAUUUGAAGUAGAUAGAUAAAUGAAUACGUUAAGUUAAUUUGGAAUAUGCAGAAAAUAUAAAAUAAAAUAAAGGAACCGCAGAAAGAGGGGGGAAGGAAGUCGAGUUUUGAAACGUUAGAACAAUUGUAAAAAUAUUGAAGUGUAUAAAAUAGAAAAUCACAAAUGAAGAAAUAAAGGAAUACAAGGCUCAAAUAAAGCAGACAGCAGAAUCUCCAAAGCAAAGAAUGAAUCAAGAGGGCACAGAGUCGCAGCUCAAUGGCAGGACACCUGCCUCGCAUGCAGAACUUUCCAGCUUCAAUUCCAGGACUCUCUAGGUAGGUCUGGGAAAUAUUCCUGUGUGAAAUCCCAGAGAGAUGCUGCCAGCCAGUGUAGACAUUGCUAAGCCAGAUGGACCAAUGGUCUGACUCAGUAUAAGGCAGCUUCCAUCGUUCCUUUGUGGGGGUCCUUGCAAGUGUGGGGUGAGGAGGGAUAGGGCUUGGGCAGAGGAGACGUUAACACUUCCAUUCCUCUUCUCCCUCAGCUUUCGUCCCCGAGAGAAUCGUCCGCGCUUCUGGGGAGCAGGCCACGCUUCCCUGCGAGUCCGUGAGCCCCUGGACCCGUUGGUUUUGGCUCCCUCUGAGUUCCAGGUGCGCUGAAGUCCAAAGCGGUUAUGUGGAAAUAACCUGGAGCCUUACUGGAAAUGAGGUGGCCCCUGUUCGGUUCAACCAGCGGCUGGCAAACCAGACAUCAGGAUCCCUGGUCCUCCGGAAUCUGGUCAUGAGCGAUUCAGGCACCUACGUCUGCCGUUCGCCCGACGGCUCAGAGACUCGAACCAUGCUGGACGUGACCGCAGGUAUGUUUCCCAAAUAAUAGCAAGAGUUCACCUUCUCUCUAUUGUUGUUGUUUAGUCUUUUAGUCAUGUCCGACUCUUCGUGACCCCCUGGACCAGAGCACGCCAGGCCCUCCUGUCUUCCACUUCCUCCCGCAGUCUGCUCAAACUCAUGCUGGUAGCUUCGAGAACACUGUCCAGCCAUCUCGUCCUCUGUCAUCCCCUUCUCCUUGUGCCCUCCAUCUUUCCCAACAUCAGGGUCUUUUCCAGGAGUCUUCUCUUCUCAUGAGGUGGCCAAAGUAUUGGAGCCUCAGCUUCAGGACCUGUCCUUCCAGUGAGCAAUCAGGGCUGAUUUCCUUCAGAAUGGAUAGGUUUGAUCUUCUUGCAGUCCAUGGGACUCUCAAGAGUCUCCUCCAGCACCAGAAUUCAAAAGCAUCAAUUCUUCGGCGAUCAGCCUUCUUUAUGGUCCAGCUCUCAUUUCCAUACAUCACUACUGGGAACACCAUAGCUUUAACUAUACAGACCUUCAAACAGAGGACCUCUUGAAAUAGAAGCAGUGCCGGAUUUACGUAUAAGCUAAACAAGCUAUAGCUUAGGGCCCCACUCUCUUGGGGGCCUCCAAAAAAUAAAAGGGGAAAAAACUGGAUGUACAUUUCCAAAAUAUAAGAUAAAAAACAAAUAAAAUAAAACCUACAUACAGCAACAGCUUUUUGUGUUGUGUAGGCUCCUGUGAUGUAAGUAAUGGGGCCCCAAUCAGUUUAAGUUAGAGCUUAAUAAUUAUUUCACUAUUAAUAUACUUCUUAAUUGUAUUUCACUAUUAAUACGUUGUUGUUGUUGUUGUUGUUUAGUCGUUUAGUCGUGUCCGACUCUUCGUGACCCCAUGGACCAGAGCAUGCCUGGAUCUUUUCCAGGGAGUCUUCUCUUCUCAUGAGGGGACCAAAGUAUUGGAGCCUCAGCUUCAGGAUCUGUCACUAUUAAUAUACUUCUUCUUAAUUGUAUUUCAAUUCAACAGUUACUUUGAUAAAAUGCAUAUUUUGUGACAUGCAAAUGGUUUUAGAUACCAUAUAUAUAUAUAUAUAUAUAUAUAUAUAUAUACACCUAUUAUAUAUAUACCUAUAUAAAUUACCAUAUAGCAUAUAUUCAACAUAUAUAUUCAACACAAAAAACAGCGACAAUUUGUUGUUGACAAAGGACAGCUGGACAUAUAAAGGGCCCCAUUACCUUCAGUAGCUUAGGGCCUCAUCAAACCUACAUCCGGCCCUGAAUAGAAGACUGGCCUCUGUAACACAGAUGACAAGGCCACCUUGUUCUUGGCUUGUGACAGAAUUACAGAAUUGGAGAGUUGGAAGGGACCCCAGGGGUCAUCUAGUCCAACCCCCUGCAGUGCAGGAAUCUUAUUGCCCAAGUGGAGGCUGUUAAAAAGGCUCAUCCCUCUUGCUUUCCAUUUGGCUAAUACAUCUCUCGUUUCUUUCUUAAUCUCUGCUCUUUUUUAAAAAAAUUAAAAUAAAUUUAUUUAUUUGGUUUCCAGAUUGAAACUUUACAGUCACAUAUCCAACAUACAACAUAGAAACAAGAUUUCAAAGAAUCUCCUGGUCUUCUCUCCUCCCUUUGUGGGUCCUGCUGUUAAUCAUUUCCUCCUGCAUCUUUUAUAAUAAUCCAAAUCUUUUACUUCUUCAUUGUAUCCAAAAAUUCACCAUUAAAUUACAAGUGUUAUUCCAAUCCUAUUAACGGUUUUAACGGCUUACAAUGUUUUUUAAGGUAAGUUAUAAAUUUCCCCAUUCCCUAUUAAAAUUUUGGUCUUCCUGAUUUCUGAUUUUUCGGGUCAUUUUAGCCAUUUCGGCAUAAUCCAUCAACUUGAUCUGCCCUUCUUCUCUGGUAGGGACUUCAUCUUCUUUCCAUCUCUGGGGAGCUCUGCUCUUUUUAUCCUCUCCUCACGGCAACUUCAAGCCAACCAUCUUAAGCUGUAGGAAGGCAGCUAGAAAAAAAAAUUAGCACAAUAAAUGCAGCCACAUCUAGGAUCUCUCCCACAAGCGGCCUCAGCCAGGGGAUGCUGUUCAUCAGGCCAGGUGUGUUGGCACCCAGCCCCCUUGUGCUACUGCUGGGUCCCAGUACCUUGACAGCACCCCCUCCAACUCCCAGCACUGACCCUUGCCUUGGGAUGGCCAGGACUAUGAGCCGUCAUGUUCAGCUCCUCACAAUUCUAUUCAUUGACAGUGCUAUGGCGCCACAUUGAGAGUCAUGGCUUCCCCCCAAAGGAUUCUGGGAGCUGCAGUUUGUUAAGGGCUUCGGAGACCCCUGCUUCCCCUCACAGAGCUGCAAUUCCCAGAGUUCCUUGGGAAGAGGGAUGGACCACUCCAGGGAUGAGCACCCUUAAUGAGCUAUCCUUUCCAGGAAUCUUUGGCUGUUAAAGUUGUACAGUGGUACCUUGGUUUAGGAACUUAAUCCGUUCCGGAAGUCCAUUGCGUUCUUAAACCACGGCGUGCUUUCCCACAGCAGCGGGGGACUCAAUUUACAAAUGGAACACACUCGACAGGAAGCGAAACAUGUUCUUAUUCCAAGGCAGAGUUCACAAACCAAAACACCUACUUCCGGGUUUGCAGCGUUCUUAAUCCAAGUUGUUCAUAAACUAAGCUGUUCUUAAACUAAGGUACCGCUGUGUAGCGCUUUAAAAUUAUAGUGUGGAUGUAGAAUUAUAGUGUGGAUGUAGAAUUGCUCCAAUAGGGGCAUUGUGAGCCAGGUUUGAUACGGCUCAGAGUCGCCCUCCAUUGCUACCAAACAAGGCCCGAAACAUAAGCCUAUGAAGGGGGGGGAGGGCUGACCAGAAAGUACCAUAUUUUUCUGUGUAUAAGACAAUGCUUCCUGCUAAAAAAAAUAAUAGGCAAAAAUUGGGUGUCAUCUUAUACACGGAUAGUGAAUGCAGAGGGGGGACGUGCGAUUAAUGGCAGCAGCAAGCAGGAGAUGGGCAGCGGCGACUGGGCGGGUGAUUAUUGGCUGCGGCUGAGGCAAUUGAUCUCCGAAUAAUGGAUGCUUUUGAAUUAUGGUGCUGGAGGAGACUCUUGAGAGUCCCAUGGACUGCAAGAAGAUCAAACCUCUCCAUUCUGAAGGAAAUCAGCCCUGAGUGCUCACUGGAAGGACAGAUCCUGAAGCUGAGGCUCCAAUACUUUGGCCACCUCAUGAGAAGAGAAGACUCCCUGGAAAAGACCCUGAUGUUGGGAAAGAUGGAGGGCACAAGGAGAAGGGGACGACCGAGGACGAGAUGGUUGGACAGUGUUCUCGAGGCUACCAGCAUGAGUUUGAGCAGACUGCGGGAGGCAGUGGAAGACAGGAGUGCCUGGCGUGCUCUGGUCCAUGGGGUCACGAAGAGUCGGACACGACUAAACGACUAAACAACAACAACAAUGAGGCAAUUGAGCAGGCGAUUGGUGGCGGUGAGUGGGCAAUUGGUGGCACUGGCGAGGUGUGCGAUUGGCAGUGGCUGUGCAAGCGAUCGGCAGUGGCGGGCAGGCAGGUGAGCAAUUGGCGGAAGUGACCUCCCCCACCCCACCCCCCAAAAGCUAAACAACUUAAUUUCUUAAUUUGGGGUUAAAAAAAAUAGGGGUCGUCUUAUACAUGGGGGCAUCUUAUACAUGGAAAAAUACGGUACUUUGCUGAGGACCUCUUUGAACCUGGUGCUCGGCCUGCUAAUUCGUCCCUUUUCUUCUUCUCUCCCCAGGCUGCCACAACAACGUCUAUGUCUCCUUCUGGUGGCUCAACGCCUCCUCUUUGCGGCUCAGCUGCCGUCACUGCCACUCGCCAGGCAACUUCAAGGCAAAGUCUUUUCGCUGGAUGCUGAACUCAAAACCGCUGGGCAACGGGCACUGGUUCGAGAAGAGCAAUUUCGGGUCCAUUGUCCAAUUACUGUCCACCCGGCGGAGGGCUUGGGGGCGCUGGGAAUGCCACUCUCUUGCCAAUCACACUUGGGUCUCUGAAAUUUGCUUGGAGCCACCCGUCCAAGAGAAGGGCGCAGGUGAAUUUGAAAUACUCUGUGCGGUUGUCCAAAUUACAUCCAGCCUCUGCAUUAAAGCAAGCAUGGAAAACCUAUGGUCCUCCAGAUGUUCUUUGACUACAGCUCCUAUCCUCCCCGGCCAUUGGCUGAUGCUGGCUGGGGUUGAUGGGAAUUGGAGUCCAAAAACAUCUGGAAGGCAGGUUCCCCAUCUGGCUCUGAAGACUUGUGCAGAAAAGGAAGACUGCAGCAGGUACAGCUUUUUCCAUCUCAGUGCCAAAGGGAUGGAAGAAAUCCCACCUAGUGCAAUGCUAUUUAUUUCAUUUGGUUUGAUAAGAUUCAUAUGCCACUUAAUCAACAGGAACCUCUAAGCAUUUUGUGUAUAAAAUAAUACCUACCUAGCAAGUGUCGUGGUAAAAGCAGGACAUCCCGUUUUCAUGUAAGAGCACAGUGGCCAUUCUGGGCGCUGCGACCCCACACAAUUUCAUGCUGCAAUCUUGCUCCAGAAAAAGCACUUUUGUGGUGGUAUGAUCUUGCACAGCUUUUGGGGAGCUCCAUGCACGCGCCCCCAAAAAAGUGUGUCUUUUGGGCUCCAUGAUCUUGUGUGUGUCAUGUGUGGGAGCAUGUCCAGGAAGAUGCGGGUUCCACCUUUGGGACCCAACGUAUUGGAGGGUAUGACAAUAUGAAAUAACCAUCUCCCUUUUUCUCACCCUACAACACCACUGUGAGUGACCUAGCUGCUCCCAGAAGUCUGUGGUCAUACUGUAGUUCUCAGUGCCAUCUGUGAGCCAUCAAGGGAACUGCAGCGUGAUGACAUACUUACAUUUUUGUUAUAUGUGUAUCGAUAAGCAGUGUUAAAACAAACACACAGACACAAUAAAAUGGCAUGCCAUUAUGUCUGGGUCGGCUUGCCUAAAUGAAAAUACUUUCAGUUAUGUGAAUCUUGGAUGCACAAGAGCCAGCCUGUAGCCCUGAGAUGGAUUGUCUCCUACUAUCCCUUGACAAAAGUGCUAUUCUCAGCAUCUCAGGGCUGGUAUUCCACCAUGAGGGAUCAAUUAUGUUACAGAGGUUCAGGAGUGAGGACCAACCAAAGAUAUUUGCCAGAGCACUUCAGAAGGUCCCAAGUCCAUAGGAGCAUAUGAAGCUGCCAAUGCAAAGUCAUACUAUUGGACCAUCUAGCACAGGAUCGAGAUUCCUGCAUUGCAGGGGGUUGGACUAGAUGACCCUCAGGGUCCCUUCCAACUCCACAAUUCUAUGAUUCUAUGACUGCCUACACUGGCUGGCCUUCUUGCUUCCAAGGAAGGCCGACAGGCAAUUUUGAGGUUAGGGUGAAAAGCGCCGUUUGUUCCUCAUUUCAAAACAACCUCCCAACCCUUCCCUGAAGGUUCUGCUUCUGCUGAGCUGCCUCCCUAUUUGGUGUCAUUUCUCUCGCCAAGUCCUUCCGCUGCCGAGACUACGGAUGCUGCGCCUGCAGAAGCCGGUGGAGUGAAGGGCACCGAAAUCUGGAUUUGGGUCUUGCUGUUCCUUGGUCUGGCUCUGGUCCUGGCUGCUCUUGGAACAGCUGUGUGGAUGUGGAAGAGGCAGCCAGCGGCCAGGUGAGUCAAAGGUGUUUUCCAUGGAGGGACUUGGUGGCGGUGAACGCAGUGCUGUCUGGUGUCUAUGGAGCCUGGUAGGGCGGGAGACAGGGAGGUCAACAGUAGGUGGCGCCAAAGCCAACGACAGGAGGAGCCAGCUCGUUCUAGUUUAGUCCCCAUCCUCCAAGGUCAACGCUGAGACUAAGGAGGAAGAAGAUGACAGCAGUGGUGGACCUUGGAGGUCUAAAGUUUAAUCAAUGUAGACUAAAAUUUCUUCAGGAGCUCUUCCAGGAUUAGGAGCCCCUGGGGCUGACGGGAGUUGAACAAUAUCUGGAGAGCCACAGGUUCCCUCAUCCCUGCAGCAGACAGACCAGUGCUCUGACAUUUUCAUGCAAGACAGUUUCAUGUCCCUGCUCUACGCUGACACACAUGUGGGCCUUCCUGUUAGUACCAGGCAGGGUUAAGAUCAAAACAACCCCUUAGAGCCAGCAGAUAUAAUAAAAUGGCACUUGUAUUAUGAUGGCAUCAUAGUGUGUCAUUCUCAGUCCCCAUCACUGGUAGCCAUGGAUAGGGAAAAACACACUUUCUGAAGACUUAAUGAUCUAUUCCUAUACACAGGUGCAGGAGAGAUGGAGAGUUUAGUUCAGAGUACCACUGUCGACCAUAAAAUGUAUGUAGCCCUAAGACUCCUGCAAUUUUCUUUCUAGGAAGCAGAGAGGAAGGAAGGAGAGGACAGGUGAGGAAUGAAGGAGAAGUUCUUCCUUUUGCCAUUUAAAAAAGCUUCAUCUUCCAAACUGGUCAGUGGUCAGGGGUUGGUGGGAGAGAAAUAUUAAUAAUAAUAAUAAUAAUAAUAAUAAUAAUAAUAAUAAUAAUAAUAAAAAAUUUAUUAUUUGUACCCCGCCCAUCUGGCUGGGUUUCCCCAGCCACUCUGGGCGGCUUCCAACAAAGAUUAAAAGUACAUUAAAAUGUCACACAUUAAAAACUUCCCUGAACAGGGCUCCCUUCAGAUGUCUUCUAAAUGUCAGGUAGUUGUUUCUCUCUUUGACGUCUGGUGGGAGGGCGUUCCACAGAUGCACUCCAAGAAUAUCAUGUUGGGAGAAGGCAUCUUUCCUCAUGAAAUUCCCACAGCAGGGAGUUCCACACAUGGCCCAGAGAGAUUGCCCUGAUAAAUGAUUUCAUGUUUCUUUCAUCCCACUUGUCACGGCGAUCCCAAGGCUGCACUUCUGCGAUAAAUCCAGCCAGAGUGAACGAGGAACUUUACCAGAGGAAGAGUCUGGAUGAGGUAAAUACUAGCUGGGCAUUCCUGGCAGAGCUUGGGGCUAGGAUAUACCGUAUUUUUUGCUCUAUAAGACUGACUUUUUCCCUCCUAAAAAGUAAGGGAAAAUGUGUGUGUGUCUUAUGGAGUGAAUGCAGGCUGCGCAGCUAUCCCAGAAGCCAGAACAGCAAGAGGGAUUGCUGCUUUCACUGCGCAGCGAUCCCUCUUGCUGUUCUGGCUUCUGAGAUUAAGAAUUUUUUUUUUCUUGUUUUGUUGUCCUCCUCCAAAAACUAGGUGCUUCUUGUGGUCUGGUGCGUCUUAUAGAGCGAAAAAUACGGUAAAUUGUGUCAGGCGCUGCACGUUCAACUCCCUAAAUCGCCCUUUCUCUUUUCUUGCUUCUCCUCGCAGGGACCUGCUUGCCUUCAUUAUGCACAACUGGAAUAUCCCCGAAGGAAAUCCACCUCUGCUUGCACUCAAGAUGGCACCACGGUGUAUGCGGUCAUUGUCUGACGCCGUCACUUCCGACGCCCACACUUCUAACAUUGGCAGCCACAACUUCUACAUCUCCUCUGCACAGUUCCUUUUGCUGCUUCCUCUCAAAGCCUCCGGAAACAGUGAACAAGAGGUUCCCACACAUGACUUUUGCUCCUCAGACUCCAUGUCCCUGAAAGCCACCCCAGCCUCCUGCUUCCUUUAAACAGGCCUGCUUUUUGUCACUUUUUCUGCUUCCUGCCUCUCUCUCUCUCUGGCUGUGAGAGAGAGAAAAAGCACAACAACUUUGUUCGGAUUUUCACUUUGGGGAAUAUGGCAACCCUAUUUUAAAAUAUAUUCAAAGCGCAUUCUUGCCCCCUCAAAGAAUUCUGGGCCUUGUAGCUUGUUGGAACUGCAACUCUGUGAGGGGUAAACUACAGCUCCCAGAAUUCCUUGAGGGAAUGAUGGUGCUUCUAAGGUGUUUUAAAUGUAUAGUGCAGUGGUGGCGAACUUUGGCACUCCAGAUGUUUUGGAACUACAACUCCCAUCAUCCCUGACCACUGGUCCUGUUAGCUAGGGAUGAUGGGAGUUGUAGUUUCAAAACAUCUGGAGUGCCAAGGUUCACCACCACUGGUAGAGUGUGCAUGCACCACACACACUGUCUCUCUCUCACACACACACCUUUCCCAUCAAAUGCUUUCUCAAGAUCCGCCUGUUCCUUAAUCUCAGAGUCAGGGCCAGAUUUAGAGGCCCUAAGCACUGAAAAUGUCAUGGUGCAGCCCACCACAUCAUUCAAAAUGAAAACCAUGCUAAACUGUAAAAUAAACUUUUUUUAAAAAAAAAGUAAAACAUUGCAGCACAAGACAGGAUCUGAUUUCCUCACAUUAUUUCAAUUUGUAUCCGUAGGUGCCCCCUGGUUUAGGUAGGAAUAAGUCAUAAAUAAAAAACCUAACAAAAAUCUAACAAAAUUCUGAUCCCCCCCCCAUGAUGACUACUUCAAUUAUUUUUUUUAAAAAAAUAAAAUGUCAAAUUCUUACACUAUACAUGUAAAGUAUUAUGCUGCUGCUUUUUUUUAUGCCAAGUGAAUUUUUUAUUGUUUUCCUUACAAAUUCUUUACAAAUAUAUAUUAUUUUGUGUUCCUGCUUUUCUGGUGUCCUGAGCAUGUGCUUAGCUGUCCUGUUGGUUCAUCCAGUACUACAGGAAGUCAAACUAGAGUUGAAAUUAACUAUCACCAAACCCCCUACAUCCAUUUUCCUUCCAUCAGCUGAUAAGAAUGGAUGCAACUUCCCAGUGGUUUUUUUUAAAAACAACAACAACAACUCUUUCACACAGAAGAGUUCUUACACAAAGCAGCUGCAUUAAAAAAAAAAAAAAAUGCCCCUGCAAGGCAUGGAAGGAAAGGAAGAAGCAGCCUUUCAUGCGAGAAACUCCAAAUCCUUGCUGGUCUUGGAGCAGCAGUUAUUAUUAUUACAGUGGUGCCUUGGGUUACAGACGCUUCAGGUUACAGACUCCACUAACCCAGAAAUAGUACCUCAGGUUAAGAACUUUACCUCAGGAUGAGAACAGCCGUGUGGAUGUGGAAGAGGCAGCUGGCAGCCAGGUGAGGUUCCAUUAGCUAAAGUGGUACCUCAGGUUUUGAACAGUUUCAGGUUAAGAACGGACCUCCAGAACGAAUUAAGUUCUUAACCCGAGGUACCACUGUAUUACUAUUAGUGCUUUCCCCCCUCAAGGGUACACAAUACAGGCACCUCUAUUUUUGUUGUUCCUAAAAAGUGUGGCACUUACUGUUAACAACUUCAUGGUGAGCACCUAUAUUUCUAGGGGGGGAAUUACCAUCAUUAUCAUUACUUCUGCCAUUUUGUGUCGAGCUGGAAUAUUGAGAAAAUGGUAUUAUAAAAUGAAAAUCAAAGAUGUCCAGGCGUCUACAAAGUGUGUGCCCAAAAAAGACCUCAGGUUUCCUGGCAGGAAGAAACACAGAUUUACUUAUCACGACUGAGGUUGUCUGCACGCUCCUCUUUCCUUACAUCCAGUGUGUGUGUGCACAGAAAAUAAUAGAUCUACCUGAUGGCCAACCCAUGGAGACAUUGCUAUGUAGCCCCAAGUAUUAUUAUUGUGUGAUUAUGAAAUGAUUGUAUACCGUAUUUUUCGCUCUAUAAGACGCACCAGACCACAAGACGCACCUAGUUUUUGGAGGAGGAAAACAAGAAAAAAAAACAUUCUGAAUCUCAGAAGCCAGGAC